AUGGAGAACGGAAGAAGAUUAGAAUUAUAUGGGUUAAAUUCGAAAGCAUGGAUGGACAUAGACCAAUUUUCAUCUGGGAACAAGAAACUAGAUUCUAGCAUAAAGAGAAAUACUGGUUUUAUUAAAAAAUUGAAGCUAGGUAUUACGAAGGAAAAUUUACCAUCUCUAGUGAAAGACUUAUCUGAAGUCUUACUAUCAAAAUAUUUAUCAGAAAUCAUCAUUACAUCAAAUGAAGCAUUAUCUAAUUUGAAUAAUAAAAAUGACGAUAUUAUAGCAGCUGUUGAAGUCAUUAGUAUAUUGCAUCAAAGAUUCAAGUCCCAAUUUUCUGAGAAAUUAUUUGAAUUAUUUUUGAGUAACUUUACAAAUCCUAGUACUGAAUUAGAUAAUGAGAAAGAUGAACUUACGAGAAUUUCCAAGAUAAAUUGUAAUUUAAGAAUAUUUACAGAGUUAUAUUUGGUAGGCAUAUUUUCUUUGAAGGUUGAUAGUAUUUCAAAAAUAAUCUUCCAUCUUUUUUAUCCAAAAAAAAUGGUAAAAAAAGAUGCUAUCUUAUUCUCACUACUGAAAGAAAUUCUAAAUCAUAGGUUUAGAACUGGUUAUAGUACCAUCAUUGCAACAUCAUACUGUAAAAAGUUUCCAACAUUUUUUAACAGUGAUGAUAAAUCUUGGGAUAGCAUCAUCUCUGAUCCAGAUUUGAAGAAUUCAAUUCAAAUGUUAUUUAAAAUAUUUGUUGAAGCAGCCUUUACACGAACUGUUGAUAUGAAUAAAAAGCUGCGUAAAUUACUCAGAGAACAUAAGAAAUGCCAAAUACGUACAGGUAAAGUCAGAGAUGAAUACAUUGACGAAUAUGAUGAACUGCUCCCAUGUUUCGAAAGAUUUAACUCAGCAUCAUUAGCAUUUGCUUUAAUCUUUAAUUUGGAAGGCCCAGUUCUUGAGAGCGAUGAUGCUGAAGCAAGCAAAGAAGUCACUCCUAUGAUUACUAAUCAAAGCGAUUCCACAAAUCAAAUAUUUGACAAUGAAGACACAAGGAGAUUUUAUGAAGCACUUCCUGAUCUAACAGAUACCUUAGAACAGGCCAAAGGUGAUCAAAGAGAACCAUUGAAGGAUGCAGUGGAUGAAUUUAUGGAUAGAUUAAUUAUUGCCGAUACCAAGGAUUCGAUCGAUCAACUUUGUCAUGACUAUUGGUUAAAUCAUAUUGACAAUAAAGCUACAAGGAAAAGAUUACUUAAAUUUUUUAUCGAAACCCAAGAUUGGAGCAAAUUAAAUCUUUACGCUCGUUUUGUUGCAGCAAAUAAAGAUCAUAUGCCUGACUUAUCGACACAAUUAGUAAAUUACUUAGAUACUGGUUUCUCUAGUCAAUUACAUUCUGACAGGAUUAACUUCAAAAACAUUAUUUUUUUCAGUCAAUUUGUAAAGUUUAAUAUGGUUCCUCAAUUUAUGAUCUUUCAUAAAAUUAGAACUCUUAUUAUUAAUUUACAAGUUCCAAACAACAUUGAAAUUUUAACCGUUUUGUUUGAAAAUUUAGGUAAAUUAUUAAUCAAUCAUCCUCAAUCAAAAGAAAAUAUGGAAAAAAUGAUGAGCUUAGUUAGAGAGAAAAGUAAGGAUAGACAGAUAAAUAUGAAUCUGAAAAGUGCUGUCAAUAACUUGAUAACCUUAGUAUAUCCACCUUCGAUAAAAUCAUUAAACACAGAAAAGAGAGAAUUAUCAGGUGAGGAAAUGUUCUACAUCACCUUAAUCAGAAAGGAGCUCCAUAAUGUCUCUGUUAAGUUAGUAACAAAGCUAAUUAAAAAAGCUAGUUGGAAAGACGAAAAUGUCGUAGCUACUUUAUUGAGUUUAUUCACUGAACCAGAGAAAGUCCAUUACCAGUCACUUCCUGUAUUGAGUAAAAUUCUAGCUGAAUUAUAUAGUCAGCGUAAAAAUUUUGUGGUUAAAAUAGUUGACCAACUGUUAUAUGAAAUUGAUCUUGGAUUGGAAACUGACAAUUAUGAAAAUAAUGUGUCUCGUAUUGCAUCAAUUAGAUACUUAACGGAGCUAUACAAUGCAUCCAUUAUAAAAUCCGAUCUUUUAAUGCAAACAUUGUAUAGUAUUCUACGAUAUGGUUAUCCUCAAGGUCUUCCAAAUCCAUUAAUAAAAAAUGCAGUGGAUUUGAAGGAUAAUUAUUUUAGAAUUCAAUUGGUUUCCACUUCUCUGUUAAAUAUUGAAAGAAUUACACAAGAUUUACAGAAAUCUAUGCCUAAGUUUUUGAGGUUCUUUGAAUUUUAUACUUUUUGUAAAGAUCAACCAGUACCUGUGGAGACGGAAUUCAGAUUAUCAAAUGUUUUCAAUAACUCGAAAUUGGAUCCUAAUUUUGAAAGAUCAAGAUCAUUUGAAGAGUGUUAUUCAAAAAUCAUGAUAUUGAUGCAAAGUAAUCAAAAUAUUACUGAAAAAAUACCUUCUAAAACUGUAAUCUCUGAAAAUGAAAUCGGCACUGAAAGUGAAGAUGAUAUUCUUGAUUAUAGUGAAUCUGAUGAAUCCAAUUGUGACGAUGAUGACGACGAUGAACUAGAUGAAGAAAGUGACUUAUCAUCGAACGAGUUAGAUAAUCGUGCAAGUAUUAAUGACACUGAUGAUAACCUUUCAGAUUCCUCCAAAGAUGAUGAUGAUAGUUAUGAGUCCUCAAGUUCGGACAGUGAUAGUGACAGCGAUGAUGAUGAUGACGAUGAUUUUAAAGAUAUUGAAGCUGAUCGUGAUAUCGAAAAGAAAAGAAUUUAUGAAGAAUAUCAGGAGAGGUUAAAGGGUGAUGAUGAAACUAAAAUAGAACAAGAAUUGGAAAAACAAUUUCAAAUAUUGAUGCAAGAAUCUGUUGAUUCUAGGAAGAAUGAAAGGGUAGCAACAAAUAAUAUACCAAUUAUUACAAAUGGGAGAGUGUUUUCAAAACAAACUUUAUUAUCGAAGUCAAAUAAUGAUGGAAAUGUGUCAGAAUCUAAGACGUCAAACAAAGUCCAAUUUUCAUUCCUAACAAAAGCAGGUAAGAAGACCCAAUUUAGAACCUUAGUGUUACCUACUGAUGUAAAAUUUGUUUCUAAUGUUCUUAAAAAUGAAGAGAAACUAAAAAAUGAACGUGAAAAGAUUAAAAACAUUGUUUUACAGAGAGCAUAUGAAUAG